AGUAACUAUUCUUAAGCGUGUAAGAAGAGUGUGUACAUUUUGCAAAUUUGGUGUUAUUUCAUCUCAUGAAUCAUGCAACGUUUAAUUCGUUCAACCUUCCCAUCGUUAGGUUAUCUACAAUCUAGUAAAUUUUCAUCAAUACCGGCUCCAAAAUCAUCACCAGAAAUUCUCUAUACUGGAAUAUUUAUUAAUAACGAAUGGCAUAAAAGUAUCGGAGGCAAGAUAUUCCUGAGCAUAAACCCCUCCAACGAGCAGACUAUCGCGGAAGUUCAACAAGGUGGCAAGGAAGAUGUUGAAGUAGCAGUAGCAGCUGCACGAGAUGCUUUCAAGUUUGGAUCACCAUGGCGUCGAAUGGAUGCUUCAAAGCGUGGACAGCUACUAUACAAACUUGCAGAUCUUAUGGAACGAGAUCGAAUAUAUUUGGCAAGUUUGGAAACACUUGAUAAUGGAAAACCAUAUUAUAUGUCGUACAAUGUAGAUCUUCCAAUGGCAAUAAGCAAUCUACGUUAUUAUGCCGGAUGGGCUGACAAGAAUCAUGGUAAGGUGAUUCCAAUGGAUGGAGAUUACUUUGUAUACACUCGUCAUGAGCCAGUGGGUGUUUGCGCUCAAAUUAUUCCUUGGAACUUUCCAAUUCUUAUGGCUGCUUGGAAAUUCGGACCUGCCUUAGCUACCGGAAACACUAUUAUACUAAAACCAGCACAGCAAACUAGUUUGACUGCACUUUACAUGGCGCAACUCACUAAAGAAGCAGGAUUUCCAGCAGGCGUGGUUAACGUUGUACCUGGUUUUGGAGACACAGGUGCUGCUUUAGUAGAGCAUAAUAAUGUGGAUAAGGUAGCGUUCACUGGUUCAACUGAAGUAGGUAAAAAAAUUCAGCAAGGAUCUGGAUUGAGCAAUUUAAAAAGAACAACCUUGGAGCUUGGAGGAAAAAGUCCAAACAUAAUUCUUUCCGAUACCGAUAUGAAUCAUGCUGUGGAGACAUCUCACUUUGGAUUAUUUUUCAAUAUGGGGCAAUGCUGUUGUGCCGGCUCUCGAACUUUCAUUGAGGAUAAGAUUUACGAUGAAUUCGUUGAACGUAGUGCAGAACGCGCAAAAAAACGUACAGUUGGUAAUCCUUUCGACUUGACAACCGAGCAUGGUCCUCAGAUCGACAAGACCCAGUUUAAUAAGAUAAUUACUAUGAUAGAAACAGGAAAAAAAGAAGGUGCAAAAUUAGUUGCUGGUGGAAAUGGAUACGAUGGACUUCCAGGAUAUUUUAUUCAACCAACUGUAUUUGCGGAUGUCCAGGACGAAAUGACAAUUGCUCGUGAAGAAAUAUUUGGGCCCGUUCAGCAGCUUAUUCGUUUCAAAUCUUUGGAUGAAGUGAUUCAGCGUGCAAAUAAAACUGAUUACGGUUUAGCUGCAGCCGUGUUUUCUAAAGAUAUUGACAAGAUUAAUUAUCUUGUUCAAGGAUUACGUGCCGGUACAGUUUGGGUUAAUACCUACAAUGUUUUAUCAGCACAAGCACCGUUUGGUGGUUACAAAAUGUCAGGACUUGGUCGUGAAAACGGUGAAUAUGGUUUACAAUCAUAUACUGAAGUAAAAAGCGUAAUCACUCGUAUUCCUAUGAAAAUUUCAUAAAACAUUGCAUUUAUUUAAUAGUUUUGAUGAAGAAAAACCUGUUCAAUUUGUUUCAAAUAAAAUCGAUUUGAAUGACGCCAAAUAAA